AUGCUCCAACUGCUUAUACUGGCCCUUUCCGUGACUUUCACAGUCCAACAGAACCUCGGAUGCACUUCCACUCCACUUCCCGACCUCAACGGGGCGUGUCCUCCGAGCACCACGCUCAUCACCGGAAGCGGAUGCUGUCCAGACACCGACCUCUUCACCAUCACCACCACAGUCGCCGCCACCACCACCACCACGAGAUCUGUGACCUCUUCCACGUGUGUCGACCUCACGAACCCAUCGACUGGGACCAGUGACUGCCCCGGGAUGAAGGCCUAUUGCACCAAUUCCAUCUACUUGAGCCUCAUGAAGCAGCAGUGCCCCAAGACUUGUGGAUACUGUAAGUUGUAUUGAUAAAAGAGAGAGAGAGAGGGCUUCAAAGACAUUUUUGUAAGGUACCUCCUCGGCCACCACUACUUCCACUUCCACCACAUGCGUGGACCUCACCAACCCAUCGACUGGAGUCAGUGACUGUCCUGGAAUGGCAUCUUAUUGCACCAACGCUGUCUACCUGACUUUGAUGAGACAGCAGUGCCCAAGAACUUGCGGAUAUUGUAAGUUUGCGUCGGACUUAUCCGGGAAACUUUCCGUCCCAAUCCAGAUUACGGUCAUGGCGGUUGUCAGCAAGACAACUACGUUUUGACAAGGUGAUAAACAAAUGUGUCAGUUUUGGAAGUAUCCGAAAUUAUAAUAAGACAAUAGAUCAUAAUGCCUUGAAACGGGCAUGAACAGAGAAGAAAACCGUAAGGAUCAUAUCCAAAUCUAUAAUAACUUUCACACUGUCUUGUAGCACAAAUUUUUGAAAAUUGACCCUUUGCUGGCAAACCUCCAACUUCCAGGCUCCGGCUCCGUGGCCACGACGACCCGUACCUCUUCGACUUGCGUCGACCUCACGAACCCGUCGACCGGAACCAGUGACUGCCCCGGAAUGAAGUCCUACUGCACCAAUUCCGCCUAUCUCACUCUGAUGAGACAACAGUGUCCAAGAACUUGCGGAUAUUGCACUUCUGGAUAA